GCAGCAGUUUAAAUCUAAUAAAACCCUAACGCCACCCCUCUCUUCCCAUUACACCACCGAAAGACAACACCCUCUCUCUCAUACGCUCAAAAGCUCCAGCAAUGGCAGCAUAUAGAGAUGAGCUAAAAAUUAUCACCAUUGGAGGCAAAGGCUCUGCUUUAACCUCCACUUCCGUCUACACCAUCGCCACAGGCCACGCUCUGGUACGCAUUGACUCAUCAGCACUCGAUAGACUCACCAUUCAAAACAGAAACCCUCAGAAACCACUCCAUUCGAUCUCUCUAAUCCCCAAUAAAGCCUCGAACCUAAUUGAAACUCGCGCUUACCUUACUGUCCUCCUCAAUAAGCUCCUUCACUACACGAAUUCCUCUAAUGUACGUACGUUUCUCCCUAAUUUGAUCGCAGAAACCCUAAAUUCGAAUAAAUUUGGAAGUGAAGCCCAAGGGUUGAAUGUUGAGGUGACUGAGGAGGAGAGACUUGUCAUUGAGGUAUCCAAUGCGGAAUUGUAUGGGGUUUGUGCGAUUUUGGAUCAUGAAGGGACGGGGUUAGGAGUUGUUGAUGAUGCCGUUGCUGCGUUGUCGUGUGAGGCGGUGAAAGCAGAUGUCAGGUCGUUUGAUGGUGUGGAUAGUGGUGAUGGGUUUGUUGAUAAGGAGGCAGCUACGGUUGCGAGUGAUAUGAAGGUUUUGCUUGUUGGGUAUGAUUCGAAUAAGAGAGGAGAGAGUGAGGCGGUUUCGGAAAUUCCGAAAGUUAAUGGGAGGUUGAGGGAGGUGGUGAAGGCGUUGCAUACAAUGGUUCGAGUUGAGUUGAAUUCAGGGGUGAAAGGAUCGAGCGGUGGGUCUGGAAAGGCAGUGGGGACCACGGUGUCAGGGUUGGCAGCGGCGUUGCUGUUUUUGGGGAAGAGUAGUUUGUGUCGGGUUAAAAUGAAUUUGGAUGUGAUGGGGAAUGAGGUUUUGAGUAGCGGGUUGGUGAGUUUGUAUGAGAAGAAAUGUCCUAGCAGGGAUGAUUUGAUGAACGGAUACAAGGCAGUUACUGAUUUGCUUGUCGAGGAGGAUUAUGCAAUGUUUGGGUAUGGAGUGUAUGGUUUGUUGGGGAUUGUAUGGAAGAUUGUUGCGUGGGAGGAGAUAACUGCGUUUUUUGCUCUUGAGGGUGUUGAGUUGAUGAGUGGAAUUGGUGGUCAAGUGAAUGGAGGGGAGGCAAAAGUCGACAAGAAGAGUGAGAAGAAGAAGAAAAAGAAGACAGUUUUAGGGAAAGGGACUAGUGUGAUUGUGCAGUUAAUUAAAGAUAGGUUGCAGAUUGUUGGAGGGGGUUCUGGUGAUAGUUUGGACAUAUUAGAGAAAUGGGUUGAGAAUCUUUUGUCUUUUUUUAGCCCAAAGCAACCAGAGUUUGAUGAAUUCGUGCAGAAAGUGAAGGAGAUUGUUGAAAGAAAUGAAAGUAGAAGACUUCCUAAGCUUCCAAAGGGCACUCGUGAUUUUGCAAAUGAACAAAUGGUGAUAAGAGAAAGAGCAUUUUCAAUCAUAGCAGAUGUUUUCAAGAGGCAUGGUGCCACUUCCCUUGACACUCCUGCUUUUGAAUUGAGAGAGACUCUCAUGGGAAAAUACGGGGAGGAUUCAAAAUUAAUUUAUGAUCUCGCUGACCAGGGUGGAGAGCUUUGUUCUCUGCGGUAUGACUUGACUGUUCCAUUUGCUAGAUAUGUGGCUAUGAAUGGUAUCACUUCGUUUAAAAGGUAUCAAAUAGCUAAGGUAUACAGAAGAGAUAACCCAUCUAAAGGAAGAUACCGAGAAUUUUAUCAGUGUGACUUUGAUAUUGCUGGUCAAUAUGAAGAAAUGGGACCAGACUUUGAGAUAGUGAAGGUUUUGACAGAAUUGCUUGAUGAGCUAGACAUUGGAGAUUAUGAGGUUAAAUUAAACCAUCGGAAGUUGCUGGAUGGUAUGUUGGAAAUAUGUGGAGUGCCUCCUGAAAAAUUCCGAACCAUUUGUUCAAGUAUUGACAAACUGGACAAGCAAUCAUUUGAGCAGGUUAAGAAAGAAAUGGUGGAAGAGAAGGGGUUAGCUGUUGAGACAGCAGACAAAAUUGGUACUUUUGUGAAGGAAAAGGAUUCUCCUAAGGAAUUAUUAUCAAAGCUUAAACAGGAAGGCAGUGAGUUUUUACAAAACGCUUCUUCUAGUCGUGCACUGGAUGAGUUGGAAAUUUUGUUUGAUGCUCUUGAAAGAUCAAAGUGCAUUGACAAAGUGGUUUUUGAUUUAAGCCUUGCCAGAGGGCUUGAUUAUUAUACCGGAGUCAUUUUUGAAGCUGUUUUUAAAGGGACUACACAGGUCGGUUCAAUUGCUGCUGGGGGGCGAUACGACAAUCUUAUAGGAAUGUUUGGUUCAAAACCAGUUCCAGCUGUUGGGGUCAGUCUUGGCAUCGAGCGAGUAUUUGCUAUAAUGGAGCAGCUGCAGAAGGACCGGAAUGAGACAACCCGGCCUACUGAAACCCAGGUUCUGCUGGGCAUUAUGGGAAACAAAAGUAAAAUACCUCUAGCUGCAGAGCUGACCAGUAAGCUGUGGGGCGCCAAGCUGAAAGCUGAAUUUGUUGUCAGUACAAGAUUUGAUAAGAUCAUUAGCCGCGCUAAUGAUUCAAAAAUCCCAUGGAUGGUACUCGUCAGGGAUAGGGAGCUGGAGACAGGGAAGGUAAAAAUAAAGAACCUUGAGACCAAAAUAGAGGAAGAGGUACCUUUAAGUGCUUUCGUUGAUGAAGUCAAGAAUCGACUGAACUUGUGAAAAUCAUGUCCGGGGCAAAAUUUGAAUGACUGAAUCACUCUUCCGUUCCAAGGCUUCACAACUUGUACUUUACCAUGUUUGCCAUACCAUGCAAGUUAUGUUGAUAUUAGUUUGGCAAGUUUUGCAAUUUGGUAACUGCCUCUGAUCACAAAAAUACCAAAUCACUUAGAUUAUAACUGUUUUUAUACGUGGGAGUUUAUUUUAUGCUUAAUAUCACCUUUCCUUCACUUGUUUUCCUCACUUGUUAAGAUGUUGAAUGAUGUAGAGGAGCAUCUCUUUGCACUUGAAAACAGAAUCCUGUAUUGCACUGGCCAUUUCAAAUUCGGAAAUGAUUUUUUUAGUGUUCUUUGA